AUGGCGCUGAUAUGUACCAAUGUGCAAGCAAAUAAUAGUAUCAGUAUUAAAGGCAUGGAACCUAAACUAUACCUUGCAGCAUUAAAGGGCUCCUUUGAUGAAAUAACUUCCAUAUCUAAUUGGAAGGAACAAUCAACCCCCAUUGGAAACAAUAUCCUCCAUAUUCACACCGAGAAACCGCUCCAAAAGGCCUCCAAGGAUUGCAAAAAGAAGAUUAACAUCAAGUUCAUCCAAGAGGUUCUCAAAGAUAACGAAGGAUAUUUGUUAUUGUGGAAGGAGAACAACAAUGGAGAUACCCCUCUGCACCUGGCUGCUAGAUUCGGGCAGGCAGAGGCAGUUCAAGUGUUCCUUGAACGAGUUAGCAAGGUGAGUCAAGAAGAGCUGAUACGGAUGCAGAGGAUGAUCAACAACAAGAAGGAUACUGCCUUGCACGAGGCAGCUCGGAGGGGGUCUGAAGCUAUGGUGAAGAUGCUAGUGGAGGCAGAUACUAAUUGCCUUCAUGAAUCUAAUGAGGUGGGCGAGACACCUCUCUAUCUGGCUGCUGAGAGAGGAUCUACUGCUUCAGUUGCUAUAAUUCUAGAGACCUGUGACGCAACAGCUUUGUGCUAUGCUCAUAAAGGUCCUUGUGGUCGAACCCCUCUUCACGCCGCAGUCCAAUUGGGUGACGCAGAAAUGGUGGGAAAGAUGCUGGAGAAAGGAACCUCGUUAAUCAGAAUUCAAGACGAUGAGGGGUUAACUCCACUCCAUUGUGCUGCAGCAGAGAUCAGCAAGUUCAAGCUUCUGAAGAUACUUUUAUAUUAUGACAAAAAAGACCUCAACGAAUCAUCAGCACUAUAUAUACAGGACAAUAAGGGGCGAACACCUCUGCAUAUUGCAGUACUUCGGGUUAACUGGGAUGCCAUAAAGAAGCUCACAACAUGCCGCCCAGAUUGCAUCGAGAUAGUGGACAACCAUGGGCAGAAUGCAGUACAUUAUGCUGCCAAAUGGGGAUGUCUAUAUAAAUUUGAAACCUUCUUAAAGAACGGACAUUUUGACAAUCUCCUUAAUGAGAAAGAUAUGGAUGGAAAUACGCCUCUUCAUCUUUUCGCCACACAUAUUCUUGCCCUCGGCCAUGUUUGUCUACUCCAACUACCACUUUUCAUCAGAUCAAACAAACAAAAACUGAACCUUCUGGUGUUCAACAAACAAAAACUUACUGUUGGGGAUAUCUUGGCUGAUAAAUUUCACAUGUUUUAUUCCGGACGUAUUAUACAACGACUUAGAAGUUGGAUGACUCCAAGGGGGAAGAGAGUUAGCACAUAUGAAGAAGAGAUUGAUAUUGAGAAAGCAAAAUCGAAAGAAGAAUCAAAACUUGUGGCACUCAGAAAAGCAGCUCAAGGGCAGUCCUUAGUUGCAACUCUAAUCGCUACAGUAUCUUUUACUGCUGGAUUCACCUUACCAGGUGGAUUCAAUCAAAAUCCUGGAGAUAAUAACAUAGGAAUGGCAUUGCUUCAGAGUAAAUCUGCCUUCAAAAUCUUCUUGAUUUCAGAUGCUAUAGCCUUUACAUGCUCCAGUCUUGCAAUAUUCUCCUACUUCACUAUUAUAACUACAGAAUCUACCUGGAAUAUUGAGUCUCUCUCAUUUGCUGCACUUUUCUUGAGCACAGUUGCAUUGGGUGCAUUGAUGUUAGCAUUUACGACUGGUGUGUGUGUUGUUCUACCUCAAUCACCUCAUCUUGUGUAUGCAUUGUGGGCUAUUGUCAUGGUUUUCGUCUUCCUGUACGCUUUGCUAGUUUUUCGAACUUUUCGAGCUGGACUGCGCUUCUCGGCUAGAUGUAGGGGUAACAAUCAUCAGUUUUUUCAGUAAAAGAUUGCAAAAUAAUACUCAUGAAAUAUGACACUGAGAUAAGCCAGAGCAUCCAUACAAAAGGGCAAUAGUACCAUACUACCAUAUGAUCAUUGUAAUUCACCUUAGGUUGUGUUACGAAAGUUUAUGGACUUUCUUUGAUAAUUCUACUUUAUUGGUGUA